UUUCCGAGCAUGAACCUGAUCUGCGGGCCUUUCAAAGGCCGAGUGGACGCGGCGCGCUCAGCUUCCCAGGGAAGCGGCACCGCGCACGGGAGCAGGGUGAGCAGAUUCGGCGGGGUGCAGAAAUAAAGGCUGUUGUGGAAUAGCAGUAAAUAUUACUUAUAUAUAUACACACGAGCAUAUGCAUAUUUGACAGAAGGGACAAAAGCACUUUGCUUCUUUUUAAUUUUUUCCCUUUUUGACAAGUCAUGUGACCCCAGGACAUUAGGGUGGGGCAUACAGGAGCAUUUAACUUAGCUGGUUUCAGCAAAAAUGUGGGAUCUAAGCUGAGUGUGAUGCAGUUGGCCCUUGACAGUAUUCACAACGUUCCCCCACGCUCUCAGCUGAUAUAUUUAGAAUUGUUCUAGAAAUGUUUAUGCGUCUGAAUGCUGUAGAGAAUUUGCGUACAAAAUAUACCUAAGUUCCUAUUUUGUUAAAACGAUUCAAAAGCCAAACAUUGUAACUGUCCAGUUGUGGUAUUAGAAACGACAAUUUGGAAGAAAAUAAGUAAGCAAGGUAAAAAAAAAAAAAAAAAGAUUGAAGAGGCAUGGCCCAGUGGUUAAGCGUUUCUCUGGUAACGAAAAGGUCGGCCGUUCGAAUCUACCAGCCACUCCUUGGAAACCCUAUGGGGCAGUUCUGUUCUGUCCUAUGGGGUCGCUCAGAGUCCAGAUCGACUCCACCAUAACGGGUUUUUUUUUAAGGUAAUGCUGUUUACCCUGCAUUUCAUUCCAUUCUGGGGGGUUCUCUUCUAAAUUCUUCAAAUUAAAGGUUGAGCUAGUAAAAUUCCGCAUUUAUUUUAUAUUUCAUUUCCAUUCAGUUUCAAAGUACUAUAAAUAUAGGCUAUCACACAAUUUUGUAUUCUGCUGGUCAUUUUCAUACGUAAGGAAAAUGUGUUAUAAUCACACAAUCAGUUAUGAUUAGAGGCUUCUUUAAAAACUCGUUAACAUGAGGCAGUAAGAAGUUUGGGAGAAGCCAGUUCAGCUUUUGGAGUUAGGGAUCAAUUACUUCUUUUCCUUAUUUUGGUUACUGAGUAUCCGUGACUGUAAAGGAAGCAUUUUAAUUGUACCAAGUGCCCACACUUGCUCCAGGGAUAUGAUGGUGUUUUCUGCAAGGGCCUCACCUGUGUACUCACCGGUACUCAGUCUUUGUCCCGCUUUCCCUAUCCAUGUUCAAGGAAGAGAUUGGUUCAAAUUUAUGGCUGAUUCCAGCAAAGUUGAGUUUGUGUAUGUGUGUGUGAGUGAGUGAUGUUGGGAGGGCAUUAAUUGUCUGCAUAAUUGCACUGCAGAUUUCUGCUUCCCUUUGAGGAAGUACAGUAUUUCCUUUGUUGAAUCAACACUUAUUGAAAAAAGCUAGUACAGAAACACCAGUUUCCUUUUCAUUGAACUUGGAAUUAUUUCAAUCAGUCCCCUUAAUUCCAUUACUUUCUGUUCUUAUCUGAAGAGAUGUAACACAAAUAUAUUUAGAAAAUAAUAUACUUCUUAAAAAUAUAUGAACUCUGGAUAAUGGGAACAUAGAAGUUAAGAAAAUAUAUAUUUGCUUAUGUUCAGUAGCCCAUAGUCAGCUAGACUCAAUGUGAAAAACUGGCUCAAGUGCCCUGCAUUUUAUUCUGCAGUGUAAUAGAUCGUUUAUAUCAAAUAAGUGCCUGUCACUGCAGAUAACUCUGGAUCACGGGCUGUCGAGGUCUUCCCUGCCCUCCUAGGUGGUCUGAGAAGACUGCCGCAUGAGUCAUCUACCUUCCUAUGCACACCAGCAGUAACAGGUAUUGGACGACUGACAGAAGUUAAAAGUUAUUAUUUAUCUGUCUUUUCUUUAGACUGUCUUAUAGAAGGGAAGCCAGGGCCAUAUGGAGUUCAUAUUUAAUUGGAAUGCUCUGGGUGUUUCUUUCUUUUAAGGGUUGAUGGUUUUGAUGUAGGCGUGAUGAAACAGUCCAGAUAAUACACCAGUUUUGCAGGGAAGACUUAGUGUGAUAAGCCUAUUUGUGCAAGCAAGGCAGGAAGAGUUCUAGGCUACGUAAAAUGAGCGUUUAGCAGAAAUUUAGUAAGUUGAUCAAUGUGAUAUGCCAAACAAAUAAUGUGAAAAUGUAUUCUUCAGAUUGGGUGUUAGCUUUGGUAAAAUUAGGCAACAACAAACUCUAAGCAAAUGACACCCACUAAGGGUGCUAUAAAGCUUGAUGUUCUGCAGAGAUACUCUUGGUGUUGGACUUACCUCUUGAAUGUUCUUAACAAGUGAACUGUAAUGGAAUGAAAGGGGCAUGUGUGAUCGGAGAUCAUUUCCCCAGGGAAAAUUAGCAUCCUCCCUGUUUUCCUUUCACUGUACCCUAGGAAGUUUAAAUUCUUAGAAUGGUUUUGUCAUUUCAUCAUUACUGUUUUAUGAAAAGCAUUGAACAGAGCCAUCAUUUUCCAAGGUUCUAAUUUCAGGUGUUCUUGGAAAAAAUUCAAGAUUUGGAUGUGAGAAAGGUCAUGAGGAGAUCAAAGACCUGGGAUUUUGCUGAUCAGAAUGAAACAAAUGUUGAAAGACUUUUCAAAUCUAUUGUUGGUGGUACUCUGUGACUAUGUUUUUGGCGAAGCUGAGUACCUCCUCUUGGGAGAGCCAAGCCAUGUAGCGCUGAGCAACAACACGGUGUCUGUGGAUUUUCAGUAUCUUGAUGGUGCUAAUGGCACGUUGAGGAAUGUAUCUGUCUUGCUGUUGGAAGCCAACACCAACCAGACUGUUACCACCAAAUACCUUCUGACCAACCAGUCCCAGGGAACACUUGAGUUUGAGUGCUUCUACUUCAAGGAGGCUGGUGACUACUGGUUCACAAUGGCUUUGGAAACAGCAGACAAUAGUCCUGCAGUCCCCUGGUGGGAGAGAAGUGCCUUUCUGAAGGUGGAGUGGCCAGUUUUUCAUAUUGACUUAAACAGGACCUCCAAUGCAGCAGAGGGCACCUUUCAGGUGGGUCUUUUUACCAAUCAACCACUGUGUGCAUUCCCUGUGGACAAGCCCGACAUCUUGGUGGAUGUCAUCUUCACCAACAGUCUUCCCGAGGCGAGAAGUAGUCAGGGACAGCCCCUGGAAAUAAGAACGAGCAAAAGGGCAGAACUCUGUCAAGGUCAGUGGAUUGAGUUUGGCUGUGCACCUGUGGGGCCGGAAGCCUAUGUUACUGUAGUGCUGAAGCUACUUGGCCGCAACUCGGUCAUUACUUCCACAGGACCCACAGACCUGGCCCAGAAGUUCGGAUACAAACUGGUGAUGGUGCCAGACCUGAUGUGUGAGUCUGUGAUGGAGGUGAUGGUGGUGCCUCCGCCUUGCAUCUUUGUGCAGGGAGUGAUCGCUGUCUUCAAGGAGGCCCCCAGACGCCCUGGGGAAGGGGCCGCUCGGCUGACUGAAAACAGCCUCAACCUGGGAGAGAGAAGGACGGUAUUUAACUGCAGUCUGUUUGACAUGGGGAAAAACAAAUACUGCUUUGACUUUGGCAUUUCAAGCAGAAGCCAUUUUUCCACAAAGGAGAAAGAGUGCAUGCUAAUUCAGAGAACUAUAGAAACCUGGGGAUUGUGGCAGCCGUGGAGCCAGUGUAGUGCCACGUGUGGGGAUGGUGUCAGAGAGCGUCACCGAGUGUGUCUCACUUCCUUCCCCUCCAGACCUGGCUGCCCUGGAAUGUCUUCAGAGACUUCCCCAUGUUCCCUGGAAGACUGUAAUGCUUUCCAGGCAUCUAGCCCUUCUCCUCUUCAGCCCCAAGGUCCAGUGAAACCCAGCAACAUUGUGACGGUCACUGGGAUGUCCCUGUGCUUGUUCAUCAUCGUUGCCACUGUCCUUAUCACGCUGUGGAGGAAGUUUGGCCGUGCUCCCAAGUGUGGCACUCCUGCUCGACACAGCUCCAUCCACUCCCCCAGCUUCCGGAAGAACUCGGAUGAGGAGAACAUCUGCGAACUGACUGAGCAGCGCGGGAGCUUCUCGGAUGGGGGAGAUGGGCCCUUGGUGAGCCCGGGGGAGAUGGGCAUACCUUUGACCUAUAGGCGGAAUGUGCCAGUGACUCCCGAGGACGAUGCCUCUGGCAGCGAGAGCUUCCAGUCCAAUGCCCAGAAGAUAAUCCCCCCUCUGUUUAGCUACCGCCUUGCCCAGCAGCAGCUGAAAGAGAUGAAGAAGAAAGGCCUGACAGAAACCACCAAAGUGUACCACGUGUCUCAGAGUCCCCUGACAGAUACUGCUAUCGAUGCUGCCACCAGCCCCCCCUUAGACUUGGAGAGCCCGGAAGAAGCUGUGGCAAAUAAGUUCCGGAUCAAAUCCCCAUUUCUGGACCAGGCAAUGGUCAGUACUGGGGAAAGGCCUCCCUCCAUGCUGGAUUUUAAUGUCUCUCAGGCCAGUUGUGCAGUAAGCCCCAGCCAGACCCUAAUCCGCAAGUCACAGAUGAGGCACAUGGGCAGCAGAGGGGGCCAAUCUGAGAGGAGCCAUCCCAGGAAUUCCCACUUCAGAAGGACUGCUAGUUUUCAUGAGACCAAGCAGGCCCGGCCAUUCCGGGAGAGGAGCAUGUCCACCCUGACUCCACGGCAGGCCCCCACCUACAGCUGUAGAACACAGACCUGGGACCAGGCAGAAGACAGGGCUAGACCUCCCAGUCGAGGCACCCACCUGUUUCCUGAGAAAUUGGAGCAUUUCCAAGGAGCAGGUGGAACCAGUGGUCCAUUAAGCCCUCUCACUAAGUCUCACACCUUAGGGCAGCCCACGAGGAAACCAGACCUGGGGGAUCGCCAGGCAGGGUUAGUGGCAGGAAUUGAGAGAAUGGAGCCUCACAGAGCUCGAAGGGGACCGUCUCCCAGCCACAGGAGUGUUUCGAGGAAACAGCCUUCUCCCAUUUGCCCCAGCCCUCUGAGUCCUUCUCACUGUAGAAAAGACAAAUGUCAGAGCUUCCCAGCACACCCUGAGUUUGCCUUCUAUGACAACACAUCAUUUGGCCUGACAGAGGCCGAGCAGAGGAUGCUUGACCUGCCUGGGUAUUUUGGGUCAAAUGAAGAGGAUGAAACCACAAGUACGCUUAGUGUGGAGAAGCUGGUAAUCUAAGCCACGAGUCAGCCUGAAACUCUCCAUAUUUGGGUCCUUUGUCCGGAAAGUGGUAUCCAGUGCUUACAUUGUUUUGUGGACUAUUUUUUUAUACUAUUUGUACAAUAGGACAGAAUAUGAGGAGGAAGUAACUCACAAAGGAGGGUGUGCGUAUUCAUAAGGAAGAAGUUAUUUAUCCUGAGCUUUUCCCUUUGUUAUCCAGUUUCUACUGGUUUAUUACUAAUGACAAUGAUAAUAAAAUUUAAACAAGUAAAACACGGCUUGGUCUCACAUGUGGACAUGAAAGAUAAGUUGCAACUUGUGACUGUGAAAUACUUUGAACAUUUGGCAGUUUCCAGAUUGAAACUGAAAUAUGAUUCAACUUAAAAUAGAAGAUAGAGCAGUUAACUUGGUAUUACAGCUCCGAAUUUUUUUGUGUGCGCCUGAAAUAUGUAACAAAACAUUUUCUAUAUGUACAAUUCAUUGACAUUAUAUUUAUUGUGUUGUCCAACCAUCACCAUUAUCCAUUUCCAAAUUUUUCCAUCACCCUUAACAGAAGCUCAGUGUCCCCGAAGCAAUGAGACCCCCUUUUCUCUCAUUUCCACCCACCCUUGGUAAUCACUGAUAAACUCUGGUUUCUGUAUACUUGCCUGUUCUAGAUAUUUUAUGUAAGUGGAAUCAAACAAUAUUUAUCCUUUUAUGACUGUUCCACUCACCAUAAUGUUUUCAAGGUUCAUCAAUGUUGUAGCAUGCACCAGAACCUCAUUUCUCUUUAUGGCUGAGCAAUAUCCCAUUGUGUGUAUAUACCACAUUGGUUUAUCCAUUCUUCUGUUAGUGGACAUUUUGGCUAUUGUGAAUAAUGCUGCAGUGAACAUUGUUGUACAA